AUGGUCCAGUCAUACUUAAAAUACGAGCACUCAGGGUCCUUCGGCUUAGUCGCAUCGAGUACGUCCAAUGUCGUCUGGUCAUCGAACGGGCGGUCUAGUACAGGCGCUGGGCAAGCGAUUGUUGCCGCCAAUGAAGAGGUCCUCACCUGGGAUAUCAAGAAGGGCGAGCUUUUAAGCCGCUGGAGGGACGACAAUUGUCGGUUUCAAGUAACUGCCCUUGCGCAAAGCAUGGCCAACCCCGACGUCUUUGCAGUUGGCUAUGAAGACGGGAGCAUUCGGCUCUGGGACAGCAAGAUUGCGACGACUGUUGUCAUCUUCAAUGGGCACAAAUCGGCCGUUACCAUUCUCGCAUUCGAUAAGUCGGGGACACGGCUCGCCAGCGGUUCGAAGGACACAGAUGUGAUCAUCUGGGACAUUGUCGCUGAAGUUGGCCAGUAUAAACUCCGAGGCCAUAAAGACCAAGUUACUGGCUUGCGGUUUGUCGAGCCGGAGCCUCAGAUUCAAGAUGGAGAAGACGGAGAGGCCAUGGCUCUUGACCACGAGUCUUCAGCGGAGGGCUUUCUCCUCACAACCGGAAAAGAUUCUCUCAUCAAACUCUGGGAUUUGUCCUCCAAACACUGUGUCGAGACUCAUGUUGCGCAAACAAAUGGCGAAUGUUGGGCAUUGGGCGUCUCUCCUGACUACAGCGGCUGCGUGACUGCGGGCAACGACGGUGAGCUCAAAGUCUGGUCGUUGGAUGCUGCAAGACUUUCGGUCUCGGCGCAGCAAGUAGAGUCUCAGCCGCGCUGCUUCCUCCAGGACCGUGGUAUUUUGCAUCGUCAGAGCAAGGAUCGGGCCGUCGAAGUCAUAUUUCACCCUCGUCGCGACUACUUUGCAGUACACGGCAUUGAAAAGUCGGUAGAGAUAUGGCGGAUACGGACGGAAACAGAAAUCAAGAAGAGCCUCGCAAGGAAGAAGAGGAGAAGGCGUGAGAAGUUGGCAACAUCGAAGGGAAGCAAAGCGGGCGGCGACGCCGACAUUGCUGAGGAUGAUGAGAAGGUUGAGGAUGUUGCCAAUGCCGAGAUAUCCGACGUUUUCGUACGAUAUGUUAUCAUCAGAACCACAGGAAAGGUGAGAUCAGUCGACUGGGCAGUGAGUUCCGGAAACAAGGACUUGCAGUUACUCAUCGCCACAACAAACAACCAACUCGAAAUGUACACUAUCGCUGGCAAGGAGAAAGGGGCAAAGUCGAAGAAGGACGACGCACCGGACUAUAACAGGGCAUUAUCAGUCGAGCUACCAGGCCAUCGAACCGACAUCCGAUCUCUCUCUAUCAGCUCUGACGACAAGAUGCUCGCAUCAGCCGCCAACGGCAGUUUGAAGAUCUGGAACAUCCGGACGCAGGCGUGCAUACGAACGUUCGAGUGCGGUUACGCUCUCUGCUGUGCGUUCCUGCCGGGCGACAAGGUCGUUGUUGUCGGAACUAAGAGCGGAGAGCUCGAACUAUUCGACGUGGCAUCCGCGACCCUGCUGGAGAGCGUUGCUGCGCACGAGGGGGCCAUUUGGUCAUUACAAGUGCAUCCCGAGGGGAGGUCCGUCGUCUCGGGCAGCGCCGACAAGACCGCCAAGUUCUGGGACUUCAAAGUCGUCCAGGAGCAGGUCUUGGGCACGACAAGGACAACGCCAAAACUCAAACUGGUCCAGUCGAGGAUCCUGAAGGUCUCGGAUGACAUUCUGAGCAUCAGGUUCUCACCUGACGGAAAGCUGCUCGCGGUCGCCCUUCUGGACAACACCGUCAAGGUGUUCUUCACCGACUCGCUCAAGCUCUACCUCAACCUGUACGGCCACAAGCUCCCCGUCCUAAGCAUGGACAUCUCCUACGACAGCAAGCUCAUAGUUACGAGCUCGGCGGACAAGAACAUAAGGAUAUGGGGCUUGGAUUUCGGCGAUUGCCACAAGGCGCUCUUCGGACACCAGGACAGCAUCCUCCAAGUGGCCUUCGUCCCCCACAACUCGGACGGGAACGGACACAACUUCUUCAGCAGCGGCAAGGACCGGACCAUCAAGUACUGGGACGGCGACAAGUUUGAGCAGAUCCAGCGCAUCGACGGCCACCACGGCGAGAUCUGGGCCCUGGCAGUCAGCCGCAGCGCGGGGUUCCUGGUCAGCGCGAGCCACGACAAGAGCAUCCGGGUCUGGCAGGAGACGGACGAGCAGAUCUUCCUUGAGGAGGAGCGGGAGAAGGAGAUCGAGGAGCUCUACGAGAGCACGCUUGCGGCGUCCCUGGAGCAGGACCCUGACGCCGAGGACAAGGACGGCGAGGUGGGCGCCGCGGGCAAGCAGACGGUCGAGACGCUGAUGGCGGGUGAGCGGAUCGCCGAGGCGCUCGAGCUCGGCAUGGCGGACCUCAACGCCCUCCGGGACUGGGAGGAGGCCAAGCUGAGCAAUCCGAACACGGCGCCGCCGCAGCGCAGCCCCAUCUUCAUGGCGCUGGGCGGCAUCAGCGCCGAGGAGCACGUCAUCACGGUCCUACAGCGCAUCAAGGCGUCGGCGCUGCACGACGCCCUGCUCGUCCUGCCCUUCGCCACGGUGCCGCUGCUCUUCACCUUCCUGGACCGCUUCGCCGCGCGGUCCAUGAACAUCCCCCUGACCUGCCGCAUCCUCUUCUUCAUGCUCAAGACGCACCACCGCCAGGUCGUGGCCAGCAGGACCAUGAGGGCCAUGCUGGACGACAUCCGCACGAACCUGCGCCGCGCCCUGCGCCGCCAGAAGGACGAGAUGGGCUACAACGUCGCGGCCCUCAAGGUCGUGGGCAUGCAGAUGCAGGAGAUGAGCGUCAAGGACUACGUCGACGAGAAGUGGGACGAGGAGGAGGACCAGUCCCGGGCGGCGAGGAAACGGGCGUUUGUGCAUGUUGCAUAG